GGGGCGGGGUGGAGCCUGAGCCUGGGGGUCCGCGCCCGGGCCCAGCCCCGGAAAGUUUCUUAGCGCAGCCCCUAGACCGAAUCGCCCCCACUUGACCCAGGAGCUGUGGUCCUGAAAGGACUGGGAUGUGAUCAGGAAAUCGUUGAGUUGGGUAGCAGUCGGAAUACUUAUUAAACGUUUACCUUUCAUUUGUUGCCGGCUGCAGAGUUCAUUAUCUUAGAAAUCAUCAGAUUUGCAGUUACAGCUCUGAUUUUCCUGGGUUUGAAAAACUAGCCCUACCAUCUUGGAGAGGUUCAGCCCGUGCUCCUCUGUCAGCUAGGAAGAAGGGCAAUUAUUUCCAGUCAGAGAAGGAAACCAGUGCCUGGCACUCUCACCAGCUUUCCUCCUGCCAUGAUCAAGCGCUUGUCAGUCGAAGUACAAGCCAAAUUGCGUUCUGGUUUGGCUAUCUGCUCCUUAGGCCAGUGUGUUGAGGAGCUUGCCCUGAACAGUAUUGAUGCUGAAGCAAAAUGUGUGGCUGUCAGGGUGAAUAUGGAAACCUUCCAAGUUCAAGUGAUAGACAAUGGAUUUGGGAUGGGGAGUGAUGAUGUAGACAAGGUGGGAAAUCGUUAUUUCACUAGUAAAUGCAGCUCUCUGCAGGACUUGGAGAACCUAAGGUUUUAUGGUUUCCGAGGGGAGGCCUUGGCAAGUAUAGCUGACAUGGCCAGUGCUGUGGAAAUUUCAUCCAAGAAAAACAAAACAAUGAAAACUUUUGUGAAACUGUUUCAGAAUGGAAAAGCCCUGAAAGCUUGUGAAGCUGAGUUGAGUAGACCAAGCGCUGGGACAACAGUAACAGUCUAUAACCUAUUUUAUCAGUUACCUGUACGAAGGAAAUGCAUGGAUCCCAGACUGGAGUUUGAGAAAGUUAGGCAGAGGGUAGAGGCACUCUCACUCAUGCACCCUUCCAUUUCUUUCUCUCUGAGGAAUGAUGUUUCUGGUUCCAUGGUUCUUCAGCUCCCUAAAACCAAAGACGUAUGUUCCCGAUUUUGUCAAAUUUAUGGGCUGGGCAAGUCCCAAAAGUUAAGGGAAAUAAAUUUUAAAUAUAAAGAGUUUGAGCUCAGUGGCUAUAUCAGCUCUGAAGCACAUUAUAAUAAGAAUAUGCAGUUUUUGUUUGUGAAUAGAAGGCUAAUUUUAAGGACAAAGUUACAUAAACUCAUUGACUUUUUAUUAAGGAAAGAAAGUAUUAUAUGCAAACCAAAGAAUGGCUCUGCCAGUAGGCAAAUGACUUCAAAUCCUCGAUAUAGGUCCAACCCAGAACUCCAUGGGAUAUAUGUAAUCAAUAUGCAGUGCCAAUUCUGUGAGUAUGAUGUGUGCAUGGAGCCAGCAAAAACUCUGAUUGAGUUUCAGAACUGGGAUACUCCUUUGGUUUGCGUUCAGGAAGGAGUGAAAAUGUUUUUAAAGAAAGAAAAAUUAUUUGUGGAAUUAUCAGGUGAGGACAUUAAGGAAUUUAGUGAAGAUAAUGAUUUUAGUUUUUUUAACGCUACUCUUCAGAAGCAUGUGUCCUCUGAUGAGAAGGGUGACCAGGUCAGUUUCCAAGAAGCAUGUAAUACUAUUUUGGAUUCCUAUGAAAUGUUUAAUAUGCAGUCAAAAGCUGUGAAAAGAAAAGCUACUAUAGAAAACAUACAGAAUUCUAAGGAUUCAGAAGCUAUUGGAAAAAAGGCAAGUGAUUCAUUUUUGUACACUUACAACUCAGAUGACCCGGGCUGUAGUAAAAUGACGGAGUCAUCUUUACAAAACAAAGAUAGCUGUCACUCAGAAUCAGAGAUCUUAGAACGAGAGACAGCUAAAGCAUCAGAAUCAGGAGAAAAUGAGAAACAUAAAAAAUCUUGCUUGGAACUUAACUCUUCAAGAGAUCCAUGUGGAACCAGUUCAGAAAUGUUUGCAAGCCCUUUUCAGACAUCGUAUCACUUGGAGGAGAGUGGAGAAGAUCCAGAAAUGCAGAAAGUAAGUACUACUGUUAAUGACAUGACUGCCAGCAUCCUGAAAAAGAAUAGAAUUCAGAAUCAACUCGAGAGAUCUAAAGAUGCUACUGAGAUGGGAUGCCAACCUCUGCCUUUUGAGACAACAACAUUGAGAGUACAUGAUGCUCAGAGAGAGGAUGAGAAAAGAGAAGAAGAACCUAGUAAUUGCGGAAGGAUAAACAUUUUUAGUUACGGACAAAUUAAAUUAUGUUCCACUGGCUUUAUAACUCAUGUGGUACAAAGGGAGCAAACUAAAUCAACUGAAACAGAGCAUUUAUUUAAAAAUUGUGUUCGACCUGGUCCUGCGAGUGCCAAAGAAACAUUUGGAAAUAGAACAUGCCAUUCAACUGAGACUCCAAACAUCAAAGAUUUAACCAGCACUUUAAGUACAGAAUUUGCUCAGCUGCCCAACAAAAAAGUGUGCAGAACAAAUAUAAGUUACGGGCUAGAGAACAAACCUGUAGGUUAUAAAAAUUUUGCUGUUUUUCAGGAAGGUAGUAAAAAGUCACAUACAGGCUGCUUAUUACCUGACACAUCCUCCUCUUUGCCUUGGUGUAGACAUGUUUCAAAUGGUAAUGAGGAAACAGAUAAGUUGAUUGGUUCCUCCAAGCCCAUAGCCCAUAAGAAGCUAAGCUUAAGUUCACAACUAGGAUCUUUAGAGAAGUUUAAGAGGCAAUAUGGGAAGGUUAAAAAUCCUCUGAAUACAGAAAUGGAGGAAAAUAAUAAUUUUGAAAUCACUACCAAUCUCAGUCCUCAAGUUGAACCUGACAUUCCACAGAAAGGUAAGAACCACUUGGACAACUCUGACAUUUGUAAAAUCACUACUGUGAGACAUAAUGAUUCAAAUAAUAGUUGUCAACCAGUCCAUCACAUUCUUUACUCAGAGAAGUUUCCAUUCUCCAAGGAAGAAGAUUGUUUGGAACAACAGAUGCCUUGCUUAAGAGAAAGUCCUGUGACUCUAAAGGAGUUAUCUCAUUUUAGCAGAAAAACUUUGGAUGUUGAGAAGUCACCUGAAUCUCUAGCCUCUAAAUUAUCCAGAAUGAAAGGUUCUGAGAGAGAGACUCAAACAAUGGAAGUGGUGAGUCACUUUAAUGAACAACUACAAUCGGAUUCCAGUAGGAAAGACAGUGACUUGGGCACUGGGUUAGCCCUAGAUUCCUGUAAGUUAUUUAAAAAUGAGCAUAAAAAAACAGAGAGUGGCAUCGUCCCAACAUCGGACUCUGUCACACAGGAUAAUACCUUCAAUAAAGAUAGUGAAACAUAUUCUAACAACAAUACAACAGAGAGCUCUGUGAUACCAGAAACUUCUUUGGUAUUACCCUGUAGUAAUUCUAAAGCUGGCAGUAAAGAUUCAGAUGUUCUUAUAGCUUCAGAACAACAGAGAGGAAGUCUUGAAUCUCCCAGUAGCAUGUUAAUGAGUCACAUGGAAGAUUCCACAGCUGGCCAAAAUGCAACUUGUUUUCAGAGUGAGGACUCUAUAGCAAGAACUUGUUCUGAAAAUGAAGAGUCAAACACACGUUCUUUGGAUUGGCAGCAGCAUUUUGAUGUAGCCCUGGGAAGAAUGGUUUAUAUCAACAAAACAACUGGACUUAGCACUUUCACUGCUCCUACUGAGGAUGUUCAGGCUGCUUGUACUAAAGAUCUGACAACUGUGGCUGUGGAUGUCAUGCUCGAGAAUGGAUUUCAGUUCAGGUGUCAUCCUUUUAGAAGCGACCUUGUUCUUCCUUUCCUUCCUAGAGCUCGGGAAGAGAGGACUGUGAUGAGACAGAAUAACAGAGAUACCGUGUCUGAUGCUGUUGGUAGUGAAUCGCUUCAGUCUUUGUUCUCAGAAUGGGACAAUCCCGUAUUUGCUCGUUAUCCAGAGGUUGCUCUUGAUGUAAGCAGUGGCCAGGCUGAGAGCUUAGCAGUUAAAAUUCACAACAUCUUGUAUCCUUAUCGUUUCACUAAAGAAAUGAUUCAUUCCAUGCAGGUUCUCCAGCAAGUGGAUAACAAGUUUAUUGCCUGUUUAAUGAGCACUAAGACUGAAGAGAAUGGUGAGGCAGGUGGAAACCUGCUGGUUUUGGUGGAUCAGCAUGCUGCCCAUGAGCGUGUCCGUUUGGAGCAGCUUAUUAUUGAUUCCUAUGAGAAGCAACAGCCACAAGGCUCUGGUCGGAAGAAAUUACUGUCUUCCACUAUAAGUCCUCCACUAGAGAUAUCAGUGACAGAGGAACAGAGGAGACUCUUACGGUGUUACCACAACAGUCUGGAAGAUCUGGGCCUUGAAAUUAUAUUUCCAGACACUAGUGAUUCUCUGGUCCUUGUAGGAAAAGUGCCCCUGUGUUUUGUAGAAAGAGAAGCUAAUGAACUUCGGAGAGGAAGAGCUACUGUGACCAAGAGUAUCGUGGAGGAAUUUAUUUGCGAACAAGUGGAGCUACUCCAGACUACAGGAGGCAUCCAAGGGACUUUGCCACUGACUGUCCAGAAGGUGUUGGCAUCCCAAGCCUGCCAUGGGGCCAUUAAGUUUAAUGAUGGCCUGAGCCUAGAGGAGAGCUGUCGCCUUAUUGAAGCCCUGUCUUGGUGCCAGCUGCCAUUCCAGUGUGCUCACGGGAGACCUUCUAUGCUGCCAUUAGCUGACAUGGACCACUUGGAGCAGGAAAAACAGAUUAAACCUAAUCUUGCUAGACUUUGCAGAAUGGCCCAGGCCUGGCAUCUCUUUGGAAAAGCACAAGGAUGUGAUACAAGGCAAAGGCUGCAGGAAUCCAUGCCUCCUUGUGAGCCACCAUGAGAACGGAAUUGCUGAUGGACUAGGAACCACAGGGUGCUAACUGUCUGCCUCUGUGCAGAAAGCGUGAGCAGCAGGCACUGGGAGUCUUGACUGCAUCCACCCAGUGCCCCCGAGCAACCAAGCGCUGGCAGUCUUCCCUGAGCAGAUGAUCCCUCUGGUUGAGGACCAGAGGAAUUCAGGCCUACACUGUUCAUUCAUUUGUAGCCAUGGACAGAGGAGGUUGCCAUAUAAUAUCUACUUUUUGUAACUUAUUUAGGGAUAAAAUUUAAUGAUUGAUUGUCUGGUUGAUUUGUUUGUGGUUUUUCUUGGGGUGGGAUGGGGGUUAUUUUGUUUUUGUUUUGCAGUUUUUCCAGUCUCAUAAUUUGCAUUGAUGUAAUUUACCUGACACUGAACUCUCAAGGAUGGUGUCGGCCUUCCUCAACUGCCCGUGGCUGUGCUCCGUGAGUCCCUCCUUCCCUCAGUUGUCUUCACUUCCCUCUGCUGCUGCUUUACAUUCUAAAUCUCAGACUUAAAGAGUUUCUGUAUGCUCAAGAAAACCAGUCCCUACAGUCUUCCAUCAGGCCUGCAGUUAGAUUAUUUUAGGGAUAAAUACUAUUGAUAAGAAGAGAAACAAGGAAAAGGAUAGGAUAGAAAAAAUUUAAAGUCCUGUUCCUGGGUUUUUGUUUGUU